CACGGUGGAUCCUUUGCCUCCAGGACCCGUCAAGGUGAGAAUAAGAUCCUUGGCUGGUUGGAACUGGCCUAAGACUGUAAGGCAGCCAUGGAUACGACAUAUGAGCUACUCAAUGGGAACCAAUCUUGGCUUCCCUCUCCAUUCGACCUCAAUGGCUCCAUGGUGGCAGCCAACAGCUCAAACCAGACGGAGCCAUACUAUGAUCUGACCAGCAAUGUGGUCCUCACGUUCAUCUAUUUCGUGGUCUGCAUCAUUGGGCUGUGUGGCAACACGCUGGUCAUUUAUGUCAUCCUCCGGUACGCCAAGAUGAAGACCAUCACCAAUAUCUACAUCCUCAACUUGGCCAUCGCAGAUGAGCUCUUCAUGCUGGGCCUGCCCUUCCUGGCCAUGCAAGUGGCUCUCGUCCACUGGCCCUUUGGCAAGGCCAUUUGCCGGGUGGUCAUGACGGUGGACGGCAUCAAUCAGUUCACCAGCAUUUUCUGCUUAACAGUCAUGAGCAUCGACCGAUACCUGGCUGUGGUCCACCCCAUCAAGUCGGCCAAGUGGAGGAGACCCCGGACAGCCAAGAUGAUCAACAUGGCUGUGUGGGGUGUCUCUCUGCUGGUCAUCUUGCCUAUUAUGAUAUAUGCUGGGCUUCGGAGCAACCAGUGGGGGAGAAGCAGCUGCACCAUCAACUGGCCAGGUGAAUCUGGCGCAUGGUACACAGGAUUCAUUAUCUACACUUUCAUCCUGGGAUUCCUGGUGCCCCUCACCAUUAUUUGUCUUUGCUACCUGUUCAUUAUCAUCAAGGUGAAGUCCUCUGGAAUCCGAGUGGGUUCCUCCAAGAGGAAGAAGUCUGAGAAGAAGGUCACCCGGAUGGUGUCCAUAGUGGUGGCUGUCUUCAUUUUCUGCUGGCUCCCAUUCUAUAUAUUCAAUGUCUCUUCAGUCUCUGUGGCCAUCAGCCCCACCCCAGCCCUGAAAGGCAUGUUUGACUUCGUGGUGGUCCUCACCUAUGCUAACAGCUGUGCCAACCCUAUCCUGUAUGCCUUCCUGUCUGACAACUUCAAGAAGAGUUUCCAGAAUGUCCUCUGCUUGGUCAAGGUGAGCGGCACAGAUGAUGGGGAACGAAGUGACAGUAAGCAGGACAAAUCCCGGCUUAAUGAGACCACGGAGACCCAGAGAACCCUCCUCAACGGAGACCUCCAGACCAGCAUCUGAACUGCCUGAAAAAUCAAUACACUAAAAGCUCUGCCAAGUGGCAACGUGCUCCCUGCCCCCACCUCCUCCCACCCAUCACACCAGGGUUCUAGCAUAACGCAAUUGCUCAGCUUGAGUCCAAUUCAGAGAAGAGUGUUUGGCUCAGCUUGUCUGAGUGAAUGAUAAUGUAUUCAAUCGCUUACCUCCCCCUUAGAGUGAACAUUUAAAUGCAAGCAGACAAUUCCGCGUCUGGAGAAGAGGAGAUCAUGCCUGGGUGUGAUCUUUAGAAAUGCUGAAGCUCAACAAAAAUAGAAAACUCUUAUCUGUAUAUUUAAAACUCAAUGUGUAAUCUUGUGGUCUUACAUUUAUACUUGUGCAUACCUAUCUGGUUCCUGUACAGUCAUUACCUGUGUUUGCCGUGUACACUUCUACACAAGUAGCAGAUUCAUGUGUAUAGUAUAGGUGGAUAUUUAUUACAAUGGGGUGCCCACAGAAGUGGAUAUACAAUGAAGCCAAUAAAAUUUAAGCUUCAGGGA